AUUAUUAUUAUUAUUAUUAUUAUUUUGCUUUGUACAAUAAGAAACUUUGGCUAAAAGAGCAAAUAGGGAAGCAAAGUUCCUUUUGUGCUUGGCAAUGUCUAGAAUUAGUAACAUGUGUGUUUAAAUUUAAAACAACCAAAGAAAUAGGGAUAGGUUGGUGUCGUUAUGUGUUUGUUUGAUCUAGGCUCGAGUACAACUUGAAUAUGCUAAAUAAAGAGGCGGCGUCCAUGCUUUGUAGGUUGACCUAUGUGAUCAGAGGAUAUAUUGAAAAGACUGAAUACAUAUGCAGCCCCUUAAGUAAAUAUUAUUAAGGCUAUGUUAAUUAAAGGAGUUUGGAGAUUCACUUUCCUUUUUAUUUUACGAAGUGGUCUUUGUACAAUAAGAAACUUUGGCUAAAAGAGCAAAUAGGGAAGCAAAGUUCCUUUGGUGCUUGGCAAUGUCUAGAAUUAGUAACAAGUGUGUUUAAAUUUAAAACAACCAAAGAAAUAGGGAUAGGUUGGUGUCGUUAUGUGUUUGUUUGAUCUAGGCUCGAGUACAACUUGAAUAUGCCAAAUAAAGAGGCUUGUAGGUUGACCUAUGUGAUCAGAGGAUAUAUUGAAAAGGCUGAAUACAUAUGCAGCCCCUUAAGUAAAUAUUAUUAAGGCAAGUACGAAGAUGGUACUGCAAAAACAACUUUCCAACAGUACAGAAAUCACCAUAUAGCAAUUACGUACACCCAUCUCAACAACAAUAACAACUCAGUAUAAUCCCACACAUGGGGUCUGGGGAGGAUAGUAUGUACGCAGACCUAACCCCUACCUUGGGAGUAUGAGAGACUGUUUCCGAAAGACCCUCGGCACAAGGAGAUGAAAAAGAGGCAUGGAACAGUAACAACAUAGGUCAGGAAGAUAGUACUAACGACCUAAAAUUCAGAAAAAUAAAUGGAAAAGGCAAUAUGAACAAUGGAAAGGUACUAGGAAACCGGAGCAUAAAAAUAGUACAAACACAACAAGUACCACUAUCAAACUAAAGCAAGACACUAACAAACUAGCCUAACACCCACAACGGAGUAGAAAAACGCUCAACUACCUCAUACGACCCUAAUGCUCGCCCUCCAAGCCUUCCUAUCAAAGUACACCCAUCUCAAUGAAUCUAAAAAGUCUAAAGUAGAGAAGUCUUCUACUGUCUCUACUUACACCAUUGACAUGGCAGAUGCUGUGCUUUCUACUCAAUAUUUAGUGCGUGGAAUUGCAAUACGUCAAGCUCUACCAAUGCUUUUGCCGGAAUAUACAAAAUUUGCCGACAAUAAACUUUCACAAGAAAAAGAAGUAAAAAAAUAAAAAACCACUACUGCCAAUUCAAUUUUCAAACAAACCACAAAGCAACACCCCGGAACCGACCCCAACUCUUCAUCUCAACAAUGACUCAUAGGACCACCAAGAUUAUAGCUCGUCAAAUAGACUCCACCAUCCAAGUAUUGCCGGCGACAUUUUCAGUUUCUUCUUUUUGCCAUUUUUUUGCUUCCUCUUCUUUGUCUGGCCAUGCUUUUACAGAUGUUGGCCUUUUUUUCAAGCCAAAUCUGAUUUUUUGUUGUCACAACUGCUUUUCAAAAGAAAAUGAUCUGCUCCAUGGAUCUGGUUUUUGACAAGAAAGAACAAAUGCAACAAAGUAAGAGAUGAGUGAUAACAAAUCGGAAAUAAUGGAGCUUUACAGGAGAUCUUUCUUUUCGGUCAACAAUUAUUUUCUUAUAAAAAACCAUUUUGGCUUUUUUGAUGGCGUGUCGUUUUCUAAUUGGUUUCAUUUUCCACAUCAACGGCGAGUAAUAUUCACGCACAGUAGUUUGUCAAGUAUUGUCGAAUGUGUUCAAUAGAGAAAGUUUGGUUCGGGUUCAAGUGUUAAAUAGGUAUAAUCCUUAGUUUAGAAACAAUGAAAAAUUGGGCAAGUUUAAGGGGCCGCAUGUGUAUUCAGCCUAUUGACAACUUCUAGUUGAUCAUCAUCCCCGUAAACCAAUCCAUAUCAAGCUGUCUAAAAUAGAUUCAUCAUAUCUAUUUGUUUGUGUCAGAGUUCCGGCUUUGGGAUAAAAUUAUUUCUAAGUAUUUGACAUCUAUAUUACGCAGACUCAGUUACGGGUACGUCUUCGAUGCGGGUGUAGGUAUCCGGUUCGGUAGGUGCUGAUUUUAUUAGAAUAAUUAAAGAAUACGCAUGAACAAUCCAUGCCGUACACACUCAACAGGGGUGCUUCUAGGUCAAAAAUCUCGUAACAUAGUCUGAUAUGUAGCAGUUGAAAACCACAAUCCUGCUGGUUCUCCUGUCAUUUCAGGUCUACUGGGGUGCUCAUUUCUCCGCAGACGAAUAAGAGGGAACAAGCUAAGAUUUUUAAUCUCCACCAUGGUUUAGGAACUUUGUGAGUCAGGAAGAAGCAGUACUACAAAAUACUUGUUCAUGUCAUGCAUCAUCUGCCACAUUAAUGGAAACAUGAUCUUCAAGACUAAGAAGAGAUAGAUUUUUCUCAAGAUAAGUCACUCAUCCCCAUAGGAGUCCACUCGCCAACUGAUAGAAGUUGUCAGCUUUAUGGCGCGUGUCUAGUUCCUGCCAGUGCAUUUUUAGCCAUUUCUGAAUUCAUUUCUUUGUUGGACAAGAUUAUUUGUAUGGAGUGCUUUUUACGUAUUAAUUUGGUCUUAAAACUGAUCUGCAUUAUUGCUAUCGUAUUCUAUCUUGAAUUUUCCAAGAGUGGAAUUUGCCCCUUUCUGCUUUCUGUUACCCUUGAUUCUCUAAUUUUUCAGGAACUACAGCUUCGGAGGCACACUAUAAUUUUGCUAGCUUUCUUAGCAUCAUCAGGAAAAUGUGGUGUUGAGAUUCUGUUAAAUUAUAGGCUUCCAAAAGGAAAGGAUUUAUUUGCAAUUAUUUUGCAAAGCUUCGUUCGCGAUUUGGAUCUAGAAGAAUCGGAUACUGCUCAGCAGGCUGAAGUAUUCAAAGAGAGGACCUUGCUGAUGCGAGAGGUACUCAUACUCUUGAAUAGACUAGUCUCACAUCCCAAGUACUCCAGUCAUGUUCUGCGGGCAUUAACAAACAGUCGAGAGAAAGCAACUUUGACUGUUGAUAUAACAAGCAGAGUAUCCAGUAAGCGCAAGUUCUUGUGGCAGGAUGUUAGCAUGACUCGGCAGAUUAGGGAAUCCGAAAUCAUAGAUUUAGCUCAGGUGUUGAGAAGAAGAGUUUUCACGUUUCUUGGUGGCAGCAGCUAAUGAAAGAGGCAUGAAAACUUGAUUGAUCCUUGCUAGAAGUGCACUCACGCUUGAAGAACGGCUCAUGGAAAUAUUCGAGUUAUGGUACUUGACAGGAUUGAGCGUGGAGCAAAGUUGCAGCUUCUAUGCUGAAACCAUCAGCACUGAUCUGUUUGAAUGGGUUUUUCAGCACAAGCAUGCAUUUUUCGGUCACCCCACUGUAUAAGGUUAGUGUAAUUGUAGCAUUGUAUCAGCUUCUAUGUAUAUAUUUUAAAUGUAUGUUUGUCAUUGGCUGAAGAAUAAUGCUAGCAAUCGCAUUGAAUGUAUAAUGUUCGUGCUUCGGCGAACUACCUAAACUUGUCAUGUUUCAAAGCUCAAUUUAAUGCACAGAUGAAGAAGGAUCUACGGUUGAA